UAAGUAUAUGUAAUAUGUUGUGGUGAAUCGUAAGCAAUAAAAAACUCAAUUUCGAUUUUUUUGAUGUUACGUCAUUAUGCAUUUUAGGUGAUGAUGUGAAAAAUAUUUUUUCAUUUUUGAGACUUAGCUUUACUGAACUACUGAAUUUCGUUUUGGCAUUGUUGACUUCCCCAUAGAUAUUUAUAGUAGGGGCUUCGAAGUAACAUAAGUUUCAGUCUUAUCAUAAUGAUUUCUAAGCUUCCCAAUGGAUGUCAUUGUAUCACUAAAUUAACAAAGAAUUACAGCAUUUCUGUUCUUGAAUGAAAAGUUUAAUCUUUCUAGUAAAUACAUUUGCGGCUUCGAAGGUAUCGAUUCGUAUUCAAUCAAGUCUAAAAUACCACUACCAAAUUAAAUAUAUGUAUUACACAAGAUACCACUUAUAAAUACUUAAGAGGUAAAGUGCAGAUUUACAGAAUAUGUCACUAAGUAAAAGGAAAACGCAGUCCACGUAUUGAUAAAAUGCCAGAAAAAAAUUUCUAAAACAAGUACCUCCAAUUAACAGGAUUAAUGCAAUGCUGUUCCAAUUUCACCAUUGUGUAACAUAUGUAUAAAAACUAAACUAGAAAUUGCUCAAUAUCUUAUGAACUUAAUUCCAAAUUGCAAAUGUGUUCGGUUGACCCGGUUAAUGGCGAUUUCAUUAAUUCAACAAAAAUCGUACGUGACUCGUCUUCCGGCAUACAAUGGUCAACAUUACUAAGAACUGGCAUUGCCACAUUUGCCACAGAAAGUGCGCUGUGCCAUUAGAACACUCCCAUCGCGCCGAACGCAUGCGUGUGGUCAACGGACAUUCUCUGGAUGGUGCAGAUCAUUUGUAAAACUUCACCCACGCAAUUGGCAAUGAUAAUCAAUUUUGAAUGUGCAACGAAAUCAAAUGCCCACCAGCGGUUGCACCUAUAAAAGGGGCACGCUAGCACGGAUGGGACUCAGUUUUGUGGAACUUUCCAAAGUGUUGCAAUGUGGAACUUACUUUGCCUGCGCAGUUUGACUGCAUUCGGUGCAUUGCUCACAGUGCUGGCGCUUACAACUGGCGUCAAUGGUGAAGAUAACAACACAGCAGAGGGACUUGAUCGAGAGCUAUCUGACAUGGUGCUCACCACAGCGUUGGGUAAAAUACGUGGCACACUGUUGCCCUCGCAAAUCGGUCGUAAUUUUUAUGCAUUUCGUGGCAUACCCUAUGCCAAGCCGCCCGUAGGUGCUUUGCGCUUUAAACCGCCCGAGCCAGUAGACCAGUGGUUUGACAUUUUUGAUGCAACUUUCGACGGGCCGCGUUGUCCGCAGCCCGGUCUUUAUAGCGACGAUGUUUCGGAGGAUUGUUUGCGUGUCAAUAUCUAUACACGUGAUUUGCCCACAGAACAGGAACCGAACGUGAAGAAGCCGGUUAUUGUAUUUAUACAUCCGGGUGGUUUUUAUGCGCUCUCCGGACAAAGUAAAAACUUCGCCGGUCCUCAAUAUUUUAUGGAUCGUAAUAUUUUACUAGUUACAUUCAACUAUCGGCUGGGUUCGCUUGGCUUCAUGAGCACCGGCACCGAGGAGGCGUUGGGCAAUAUGGGUCUGAAGGAUCAGGUGAUGCUACUGCGUUGGGUGAAAUUACAUAUAUCACGUUUUGGCGGUGAUCCCAAUUCGGUAACCCUGCUGGGCUAUGGUGCUGGUGCUAUAAGUAUUACACUGCAUAUGGUUUCGCCGAUGUCCAAGAAUCUAUUUCACAAAGCAAUCGUUAUGAGUGGUGCAGUAACGGGACAGUGGCCAUUGCCGGUCGAACAGCUGAACUUGGCUGUACGUCAAGCGGCCUUGUUGCAUUGCACCACCGAAAAUUUAACGGAUAUGAUGAGUUGUUUGAAUUCGAAACACUAUUUGGAGUACGCCAACACUUUGCCGCAUAUGUUCGAGUUCGGACGCAACAAUCCGCUGAUAUUAUGGAAACCUGUUAUCGAACCGGAUUAUGGUCAGGAACGCUUUCUCACAGAGGAUCCAGUAAGAUCCUACCAGAAUGGCAACUUCAUGAAAAUACCCAUCAUAACCGGCAUGACAAAGGAUGAGUUCGCUGGACAGGCAAUAUCAAUUCUUGAGAGCCCGCGUCUACUGAAGACUUUGGCACAUAAUUUUGAGCAAAUAGCACCGAUUUGUUUCCUUUACAGCGCCAACAGUCCUCGUUCGCAGAAUAUUAGUAUGGAGUUGAAGAACGCUUAUUUUGGCAGGGAGUCCUUGGAGUACGCCGGCACACUACAACCAAUGGUGGAGCUUUUCUCUGAUGCUCUAACGGGUUUCGGCGUCCAUCGCUUUGUACAUUUGGCAGCGCGUUCCACCAAAGUCUAUUACUACCGCUUCAGUUUUCAGGGCCAACGCAGUCAUAUUUACUACCCAACGAAUAAACCCUAUGGUGUUGUGCAUCACGAUGAUCUAAUGUAUUUAUUUGUGGAGCCCUCUGUUAGCCGCAUGUUCACUGAGGACGAUAGAGAAUAUCAAAUUGUCGAUAAGCUAACACGAAUGUUUACAGCAUUCGCUUAUAAAGGCGAUCCCAACAAGCAGAGUGACGAAAAGUUGCGCGACAUACGUUGGCGCGCUUUUAGCUUCAAGCGUCAGCACUAUUUGGAUAUUGGCGAUGAAAUUGUACUGCGCGAGGGUCUUAAUACGCAUCGCUAUGAGGUGUGGAAACGUUUAUUUCCCUUGAAUUGGAAGCGCCAGAGCAAACAUGAUCUAUUGGAUUAUGAGUAGAGUGUUUCUUAUUACUUAAAUGGUAUUUAAAUUACGCUGAAUUUGCAAUAAAUUUGAUUUCAAAGAG